AUGCGAUUCCAAGCUUCAUCUACGUCAGUCAUUCUUGCUGCUGUAGGAACAGCAGCCGCCGUACCCUCGCCGUCUUCAACUGCGACUACGGAUGCCUGCUACGUGACUGAGUAUGCGGCUAUCCCAGCAGCAACAGCGGCCUGCACUUCCAUAACUCUUGAUGGUCUCACCGUGCCUGGAAACUCAACUAUUGAUCUUUCAAAGCUGAAGAGUGGCACCAAGGUGACAUUCAAGGGAAAGACAUUCUGGGAAUAUGCCGAUGCAAACUAUGCUUUCAUCAAGGUGGGAGGAUCCAACAUCGAAAUUACAGCCGACGCAGAUGCGGUGCUCGAUGGUAAUGGUCAAGCUUGGUGGGACGGUCUUGGUAGCAACGGAGGCCUUACCAAGCCAAACCACUUUAUCGAGAUCAGCAAGGUUCUUGGGAAAAGCUCGGUUCACGACAUCUACAUCGAGAACUAUCCCGUCCACUGCUUCGCUAUUAGUAACAGUGCUGGUCUGGAUAUUCACCACAUUACGCUGAACAACAGCGCUGGAUAUGCACCCAACAACCGCUCCAACGGCCUACCAGCAUCACACAACAGCGACGGAUUCGACUUGGGAAGCACCAAUGACACCACAGUUCGUGACAGCGUCGUUAUCAACCAAGACGACUGUGUCGCUGUCACAAGCGGAAACAACAUCCUAGUUAACAACAUGUACUGCAACGGCAGUCACGGUCUUUCCAUUGGAUCAGUUGGCGGAAAGUCAAACAACAAUGUUACCAACAUAUCCUUCACCAACUCUGUCGUUCUGAACGCUGAGAACGGAGCCCGCAUCAAGUCGAACUCGAACACUACCGGCUUCAUCUCCAAUAUCCUUUUCGAGAACAUUCGCGUUGAGAACAUAUCCAUCUACGGAAUUGAUAUCCAGCAAGACUACCUGAACGGUGGACCAACCGGCAGCCCAACGAACGGUGUCAUCAUCCAGAACAUUGUCAUGAGGAACAUCACCGGUACUGCAACAGAGGAGGGAAAGAACUACUAUAUCCUCUGUGGAGAGGGAAGCUGUAGCAACAUCAAGAUUGACGACGUUCAUAUCACCGGGGGCGGAUUGGAGAGUUCUUGUAACUUCAAGACGGCAGGCAACUUUGACUGCGAUGGACACUUUGUAUAA